UUCCCUGUCUACUCAAAAGCACUGGUGGCAGCAGCUGAGGGGUGAAAAGGAGAAGGAGACAAAAGUAGCUGACAUCUGAAACCCACGUCAGGGAGUAAAACAGCUGUGAUAGUUACACAGUUACGACGCAUGUUCCUGGAAAGCUGACAAGACAAAUUAAUUGCUCAGACAUUCAGCAAAGAUGGCCUUCGCCGCUCCAUUCAGCCGCAGACAGUGGGCGUCCCAGUCUCUGAGGGUCACCGCCAAGGAGAUGUCCAUCGUCUCUACCCGGGGGAAAAACACCGCCAUUGCAGAACGCUUCUCCAAAUAUCAGAUGGCAGCAGAAGAGGGAAAUGCACAGAAGAAGAAAGAGGUUGCAGAACCUCUUCCCUCCACACUGCGCAGCGGGAAUCUGAGUGUUUUAAAGAAACGCUGGGAACAACAACAGCAACCGUCGUCCAGCCUCAGACCCCAACCUCAAACCUUCAUCCCUGCGGACCCUCAGAACCACUUCAGCCAACCAACAGGCCCCAGACCGACACCCACAUCACAGAUUGACAACCAGCCAGACACCUUUAAAACCACCACACUCUCACAAGACCAGGAUACUGAGUGGGAGACGCUGCUUCACACUGAGACCGGCACCAGCCAGCUGCAUUCUGCUCAACACGAGUAUCUGACCAACAUGGAGAAGCCCAGCAGAGAUUCAGAGGGGCAGGAGGGAGCAACAGCAGCAGAAGUACCUGACGCUGAGAAGCCCAGUGUCCCCCUCAACAGCCUUAAGAUGAUGUUUGAGAAGGGAGAGAACCUGACCGACAAGGUGCCCAAAGAGCAAACAAGUAGUGGAAACGGUGGUAAUACUGCCAACAUGGACCAGUUACUAGGAGAUGGAAGUCUCGCAGAAUCGACUCCUCUCCGGGACAGGAUGGCCCUUUACCAAGCUGCCAUUUCCAAACAGGAAGUCCCUCCCACCUCAGUGACCAGUGAUCAGCUGGACAGUUUCUGUGGGAAGCAGAAAGAAAAUGUUCCUCCUUGCACUCUGGACCUGAGUCCAGAGUUUGAAUCAAACAGCAGGAAAGGUUUUACCCCAGAGAGCAACGGCUCUGCUACUGGUACUCCUGUAUCCUCCAAUCAGAGAGACUCCUCCCAGCCCAAGACUCCCAAAAGCUUCUGUCUGCCUGUGAGAGAGACCUGUGUGGCGUGUCUGAAGACGGUCUAUCCUCUGGAGAGGCUGGUGGCCAAUCAGCACGUUUACCACAGCUCCUGCUUCCGCUGCUCCCACUGCAACACCAAACUGAGUUUGGCGAACUACGCCUCGCUGCACAACAACGUCUACUGCAAGCCGCACUUCUGCCAGCUCUUCAAGGCCAAAGGAAACUAUGACGAGGGCUUCGGCCACCGGCCCCACAAAGAGCUGUGGGAGAGCAAAGGGGAGAGCGGUGAGACCUCCCCACAGGCCAACACUCAGACCAUGCCAAAGAUCCAGAGCCCGGCCUCGGCCUCAGACCUGGACAGCCCCAGUGUGGAGGACUCCCCGCUGGCUAAAGUCAACGUGCUGAUGGCCACCAUGGAGGCUCUGGGUCAGGGAUCAGCAGAGAAGUCCGACAGACCCAGUGAGACCCGCAGGCUGAAAAUCUCCUGGCCGCCACGAACCGAGCUGCAGGACACGACCGGUCCCAGUGAAGCUUCAACAACCGUAGAGGAGGGGACCCCUGGUAAGCCCGUCCGAGCCAAGUGGCCCCCAGAGGAGGACUCCACCUCCACACCCCCAGAGCAGUCCAGAGAGACGCCCUGCCUGCGCCGGACCUCCUCCUUGAAGGAGCGCAGCAUGCCCUUCACACUGGCAGGACAAACUCCUGCUCAUGAGGCCAGGAAUCCGAGUCCGCCUCCUCCUGCGGACGACAGGCAGCUCAGUCCUGAACCCUCCAACAUGGAUCUGCAUGACACUGAGGGCAGCGGUGUGGACGUCCACACCAGCUCUGGAGAGGAGGAGCAGGAGGGGGAGAUGACCACUGACAACAUGCCGGAACAUCAUCUCACCAAAGAGGAAGACGACACCCCGGAUGAUCAACCUGAGGACGAGGAGAAGAUGGAGGAGGAGGAAGAAGAUGAAGCUGUGUUGGAGGAAGAGAUGCCGCCUCUGAAACGGGAGGAGACACCGACGGGCAUCUCAUCUCCUGAAGGUGAGGUGGAGGCCAGCCGGUCGUCUCAGGAUGUAGGGUUCUGGGACAGCGAGGAGGUGGAGCCGCAGCAGCAGGAGGAGGUGCUGACGGUGGAAGAUAUGAUCAAACGAAACCGAUACUACGAGGAGGAGGAGGAGGAGGAGGAGGAGGAAGAAGAGGAGGAUGUAUAGACUGAUUUGAUUGAUUACCAAUAUGACAACCAUGGACACUUGGAGACCUUUCCUUGCUCUUUUUAAUUGUUUUCUUCUUCUCUUCUUGAUAGAGUUACUGCAGUUUCUAGUGUGAACUCUACUGAACUUUGUAUUUGUGCCUCUUUUUGAAAUAGUUUUUACAAGACUGACUGACAUAUUUUGUUUUUAAAUGUAAACAUUUUAAAUUACACCCCAUGUAAUGAGAACUUUUGCACAGAAAUAUCAAAAUGUUAUGACAUAAUUAUUUGUGUCAUUUUCAUUGAAUGCCUCCUAUAUCAAUUAGAACAAAAAUAUUAUUCCAAGAUGUAGGAUUAUUACAGGCAAUGUAAAUUCUUAAUGAAGUCACUUUUAAAAGGAAAGAUUGAAGAAGACUUGUUGAGAUGUGCCA